AUGAAUUGCCUCUUAAAUUUCACGCUAUCUUUCACCUCAUACACAUUUUGGUUUCCACCUCUUCAGCGUAGACUUCAUCGCGAGCAAUCAUUGAAGGGCAAUCAAACAUCCUCCAUCAGCAUCGGCAGCGCUUCUAGCAACUUGCCAGCAUCUCGUGCCUCAAACCAGAUAACUGAUCGCUCGGUUGAAGGGGCUUCCGCCGAGGAGGCUGAGCAGACGCUUCGCUUAGUCAAGGAGCUUUGUCGUAAAGGCUUCGAACUCCUGCACCAAUGGCACCAAACUGACCUUUGUCUUAUGCUGCAGCCGUCGCAAAUAGCACUUGGCGUCCUUGUUGAACUUGGCCGUGGGCGACCACAUCUUGAUGUGGAAGCAUUUGUUCGCGACGAGCUGUGCUCGUGUGAUCCUAUCCAGCCCGAAGCGGAUCGGUACCGUAGGCGUAGACGAGGCUCUGACGAUCAAGACUACGAUGACUAUGACGAAGACGAGGAGGAAGAGGUCGGAGACAAGACACGAGAAGGCGCCGACUACGAUAAAAGAGAAGGUAGAAAUAGCGACUCGAUGGGGUCUGUUAGUAGAAAGAAGCAGUCGAGAACUGGGCAAGCUUGUGAAAAGACUACAAAAUCCUCACCGUCCACAAAAGGCCAACCAUCCACUGGAUCGGUAUCACUCGACAAAGCUUCUCCAGAAGGUAUAUUCCUCCGAGAAAGGGAGCUUUAA